AUGAGAUUCUUCGGCCAGAAGUUCUAUCCUUCCGGCAAAGAAUUGGAGACUAUUUCAUUCUUAUGCAGGAUCACGAUAUCACGGUUCAAUCAUCCAGCAGUAAGCCCAGACCUGAAUCCUGUUGAACACGUCUGGGACUUGAUGGGUAGUCGGUUGAGAGAUUAUCCAAGGCAGCCAACGACGCUCGCAGAACUCGAAAAAAUUCUCCAAGAGAUUUGGCAGAAAAUUCCUCAAAACGAAAUCACUAGAUUUCAAUGCGAUAAAUUCUCCGUUUGGGUAACGAUUUUAAGAUAUGCUUCUCUUAUAUUUCCAGGAUGUUCAGGAAAUCCAGACGCAAAACGAUUAUAUGACGAUCUCUUAUCGAAUUACAACAAGUUGGUUCGUCCAACGUUCAAUGCUACAGACAACCUCACCGUUAAAAUAAAACUGAAACUGUCGCAGAUCAUCGACGUUAAUUUGAAGAAUCAGGUCAUGACAACGAACCUCUGGGUCGAACAGACAUGGUACGAUUACAAGCUGAAAUGGGAUCCGAAGGAGUACGGUGGAGUAGAGAUGCUGCAUGUGCCAUCAGAUCAUAUAUGGAGGCCCGAUAUAGUUUUAUAUAACAACGCCGACGGUAACUUUGAGGUGACGUUGGCAACGAAGGCGACUCUCAACUAUACGGGCAGGGUCGAGUGGAAGCCACCAGCUAUUUAUAAGUCUUCCUGCGAGAUCGACGUCGAAUAUUUUCCCUUUGAUGAACAAACGUGCAUGAUGAAAUUCGGCUCGUGGACUUAUGACGGCUUCCAGGUCGAUCUUCGACAUAUCGAUGAGGGUAAGAAUGGUAGUGUCAAAAACAGCAAUGGAGUUGUCGACAUUGGAAUUGAUCUGACGGAGUUUUAUACUUCCGUCGAGUGGGAUAUACUAGAAAUACCUGCUGUAAGACAUGAAAGAUACUACACUUGUUGUGACGAGCCUUACCUUGACAUCACUUUCUAUAUAACGAUGAGGAGGAAAACUCUAUUCUACACCGUUAACCUCAUAAUACCCUGCAUGGGCAUAUCAUUCCUCACGAUACUGGUAUUUUACUUGCCAUGCGACAGUGGAGAGAAGGUAAUGAAAAGAAAGGACAAAAAAGUGGCUGAUUAGGUAUUUUCUACUUA